UUCAUAUCAGCUAUCAUUUCCAAAAAGCAGCAAAGAAAAAAAAAACUUUUCUUUCGUUUUCUUCGAACUUGUGAAAUUGAUGACAACUUUUUUGAAGAUCACCAAUUUCGUAUCGGAAACUCAAAAUUUGGAAGCUCCACCGUCGGUUCCUAAUCCGUCGAACAGCCACAGACUUCUUCUCUUCUUCUCCAAUUUGCAGCAUUCUUCUCGUUCACUUGGAGGUCGAAAAUAUGAAUAACCAAACCAAUAUCAGCAGUGAUCGUUUGGGGACAAAUUGGACUCCAGCAAUGGAGCAACAUUUUAUUGAUCUUAUGUUGAAUCAAGUGCAUAGAGGCAACAGAAUGGGUCAUACAUUUAAUAAGCAAGCAUGGAAUGACAUGCUGAUGAUGUUCAAUGCUAAAUUUGGGUCUCCAUAUGACAUUAAUAUCUUAAAAAGUCGGUACACUAAUUUGUGGAAGCAAUUUAAUGACAUAAGGAAUCUCCUUGAUAAUGAAGGGUUUUCAUGGGAUAAUGCUAGACAAAUGGUCAUCGCGGAGAAUAAUAUUUGGGACAGCUUCAUCAGAGCCCAUCCAGAUAUUCAGUCAUACAGAAACAGACCUCUGAUAAAUUUCAAUAAUCUGUGUUUGAUAUAUGCACAUACUGCUGCUGAUGGGAGAUAUAGUAUGUCAAGCCAUGACUUAGAUUUUGAUGAUGACAUUAUGGGAUUAUGUAUAGGUGUUGGCAUGAAUGGCCUUGCCCCUGUGAAUAAAGAGAGUUCGAGAACAGGCUGGACUCUUCCUAUGGAUCAGUACCUUGUGAAACUUAUGAUUGACCAAGUGAGAAAAGGCUGUAGGAUAAAUGGUACUUUCAAGAAGCAAGCAUGGGAAGAUAUGAUCACUCCUUUUAAUGCUGAAUUUGGCUAUCAACAUAGGAAGAGUUUCUUGAAACAUCGUUAUAGGAAAUUGAAGACAUACUAUAUUGAUUUAAGGAAUCUACUUGAAGGCAGAGGCUUUUCCUGGGAUGAGAAACAACAAAUGGUGGUAGCUGAUGACGGUGUGUGGGAUGAUUAUAUCAAGGCAAAUCCAGAUGCCCAUGUAUACAGGAAAAGGACGUUGCUAAACUUUCUAGAUUUGUGUCUGAUCUACGAUGAUACAAUGAGCAAUGGGCAUUGUGACCAUAUGCAACAAUUGGAGCGUUUUGAAUGUGCACCUGAGGAUAGUGAAGAAGAAGAAAUCCAAUGUCAUGCUGAUAGAUAUUCUUCAAGCAUGCAAUGGUCUUUUGAAAUGGAUGGUUAUUUUAUGGAUCUCAUGCUGGAGGCUGUGGGUAAAGUGAAGAAAUUUGAUUACAAUGAUGAUCUUAUGUGGACUAGCAUGAUUUCCUCGUUCAAGGAAAGAUUUGGACUGGUAUUUAACCAAGAUUCUUUUAGGAGGCAUUUCAAAAGUUUGGAGAAGAAAUACUAUGAUUUGAAAAAUAUUCUCAAACAGAGAGGAUUUUGGUGGGAUGAAAGACGGCAUUUAGUAAUUGCAUACGGUGACACUUGGGCUGCAUAUAUUAAGGAACACCCACAUGCAAAAUCUUACAGAACUGGUCCAAUACCUAGCUAUAAUGAUCUGUGCUUGAUUUAUGGAAAUUUAGUACCUGAUAGUAGGCCGGGGCCGAAACAUUUAGACCAAGAAAUUGCCAGUGACGGGAAGGAUGCCAAAACUAGCCAUACCUAUCGCUGGAGCUCUGAUUGGACACCACAAAUGGACAGAUGCCUUAUUGAUCUAAUGUUAUAUCAAGUUCGCACUGGAAAUAUGGUUGACCAAAAAUUUAAUAAACAAGCUUGGGAUGAUAUGGUUUCCAAGUUCAAUGCAGAGUUUGGGCCUCAGCAUGAUGAAGAUGUAUUAAAAAGUAGAUUUUUUAAUCUUAGGAAAAGAUUCCGUGAUAUGAAAUUCCUACUUAAUCAGGAUGGCUUUGUCUGGGAUGAAUUACUACAGAUGAUAAUUGCAGAAGAUGACCUCUGGGACGCAUACAUUGAGGAAUAUCCAGAUGCAAGAUUUUACAAGAGCAGGGCUCUUCCAAAUUUUAAUGAUUUGUUCUUGAUAUUUGGAAAGGACAAUACUUCAAAUCACCAACAUUAUUUAUUUAACUCUGUGGAUGCUGACGACAGUUACCCAGAAGUAAAUAUUGUAAAUGAAGUGGAGGAGCAAUUCUUUUCUGAUAAUAGUGAUGAGACAAUAAUUGAAUGGACGAAUGAGAUGGAUGAUCAUUAUGUUAACCUCAUGCUCGAGCAAGUACGUAGGGGGAACAAGACUGGAUCUAUGUUCACAGAUCAUGCUUGGGCCUGGAUGGUGACCUCAUUUAACAAGACAUUUAAACUUACUUGUGACAGAAAUUUCCUUGAAAGUCGAUUCUUUACCUUGAAGAAAGAAUAUAAAGACGCUCAACAUAUGGUUGAUCAGAAAAAUAUGUCACGUGCUAGAAUUCACCAAUCUACAGCAACCAAUAAUGAAGUCUCUGAAACUCACAUUAAGGAGCUUGCUAAUGAUAGUGAAAGAGGAGGCAGAAGCUUUGAUAGGUAUGAAGAUUUGUGCAUGAUAUAUGAAGACCAGUUUGAAGAUGAAAGAUUAGGUAGUUCCAGUAUGAAUGUAAAGGUUGAAGAUGGCACUCGGAAAAUUUGUAGAAGCGAUUUGUUUUCAGAAUGUAAAUCUCAUGGAAGGGAAUGUGAAGUAUCUUAUCAAAGAAAGAGGUUAAAAUCUACCACUCCAUCAAUUUCUGUUGGCAACAAAAAGGUUAAGAGAAUCAAGGACGAGAUGCAGGAAAUAGGUAGUAAUAAGGCAAGUUUGAUGAAAAAUGUGGUAAAUGUUGUAGAUUACUCAAUAGAAAAUGUUGUUUCUGCACUCCAAAGUGUGCCAGACAUGGAUGAUGAGUUAUUUUUGGAAGCUUGUAAACUUUUAGAAGAUGAAAGGAAGGCCAAGGUGUUUAUUGCGAUGGAUGUCACGACACGAAAGAAGUGGUUAUCAAAAAAAUUCUGCCGAUAGCGUCUCCUGUGGAUUUUUGGUAAGCACUGAAAUAAAAAAUUUAUCCUUGUAAUCUAGAUUAUAUAGGAAUUUAGAUUAAACUCUCUCAAAGCAAGGUUUUACCUGCUUGCUAUAUAUAUGUAUUAGAUUGGAAAUAUCUUUGUUUCAUGCUUUUGCAAUCAGUUUUAAUUUCGUUUCCAUAGUUUAAAA